UCCGGUCGCCUGCACGUGGUGGUAGUACCGGGGUUUGAGCCGCGCUGGCGGAAAAGUGAUUGGAACGGUCUUCCGGAGCGAGGGAGAGCCGAGCCGGAGCCAUGGAGGGCCAGAGCGUGGAGGAGCUGCUGGCAAAGGCGGAGCAGGACGAGGCAGAGAAGCUGCAGCGCAUUACGGUGUACAAGGAACUGGAGCUGGAGUUCGACCUGGGUAACCUGCUGGCUUCGGACCGGAACCCUCCGACCGGGCUGCGGGACGCAGGACCCACGCGGGAGGCCGAGCUGCGGGCCCUGGCGCGGGACAACACGCAGCUGCUCAUCAACCAGCUGUGGCAGCUGCCCACCGAUCGUGUGGAGGAGGCGCUGGUGGCGCGGCUGCCGGAGCCCGCCACUCGUCUGCCGCGCGAGAAGCCGGUGCCCCGGCCACGGCCGCUUACACGCUGGCAGCAGUUUGCACGCCUCAAGGGCAUCCGUCCCAAGAAGAAGACCAAUCUGGUAUGGGACGAGGUGAGUGGCCAGUGGCGCCGCCGCUGGGGCUACCAGCGCGCCCGCGACGACACCAAGGAAUGGUUGAUCGAGGUGCCCGGCAAUGCCGACCCCAUGGAGGACCAGUUCGGCAAGCGGAUUCAGGCUAAGAAGGAACGGGUGGCCAAGAACGAGCUGAACCGGCUGCGUAACCUGGCCCGCGCGCACAAAAUGCAGCUGCCCAGCGCGGGCGGCAUGCACCCUACCGGACACCAGAGUAAGGAGGAGCUGGGCCGCGCCAUGCAGGUGGCCAGGGUCUCCACCGCCUCUGUGGGGCGUUUCCAGGAGCGUCUGCCCAAGGAGAAGGCGCCCCGGGGCUCUGGCAAGAAGAGGAAGUUUCAGCCUCUUUUCGGGGACUUUGCAGCCGAGAAAAAGAGCCAGUUGGAGAUGCUGCGAGUGAUGAACAGCAAGAAGCCUCAGUUGGACGUUACGAGGGCCACCAAUAAGCAGAUGAGAGAAGAGGACCAGGAAGAGGCGGCUAAGAGGAGGAAAAUGAGUCAGAAGGGCAAAAGAAAGGGGGGCCGACAGGGUCCUGGGGGUAAGAGGAAAGGGGGUCCACCCAGCCAGGGAGGGAAGAGGAAAGGGGGCUUGGGAGGCAAGAUGAAUUCCGGGCCUCCUGGCUUGAGUGGCAAGAGGAAAGGGGGGAAACACCAAGGAGGAAAGAGGAGGAAGUAAAUUUCACCCUCGGACCUACUUGUAAACCAAGAACUGUACCUAAUGUUAAGUUCUAGGAACAGUACUGGGAUGCAGAUUUGGCCACUGCCUUCAUUGAGUUUGAGGUUAAAGGGCUAGGCUUGCCCUCCUGUGAAGAUGGUAUGUAAAUAUUGGACUCGACAAAUCAAUGUAUUUCCCACAACCAAAACUUUGGCUGGAGAGUAAAGGAUGUAUUUAAGGACACACGAAUUAGGGAAAGAAUUUGUGGAAACUAGGAGUGAGUUCUAUCUUUAAACAGCCCUUUUUUUUUUUUUCUCUUUAAACUUUCGAUGGGGUACAAGGGAGAGGUGGUCAUAUUUCAGACUUUUAAUAGAUUGGUUUCUGCAUUAUUUUAAUAACAAGUCUUGUGUAUUUAUCAAAGCACAGGGGAACAGAAAGGUUACAUUUUCAGAACUGUUGUAAAGGUUAUUUAAUAAAAGUGUGUCUGUAUCUAA